CUUGACAAUCUGGUGGGGAAUACACCCUAUAUAAAGGAUACUGUGGCAGAGUCCUUCCUUAAAACAUUUCAACAAGUGUCUGUGGAUUGACCAGUUGCUUCACACACUUGGAGGGAUCAUCCUCAAAAUAACAAAAAAAGAAGAAAAAAAAUAGUAGAAAGAUAUCUUAGGAAAACUUUUUACCCACAAACUUCUGUAGAGUCUUUUUUCGGUGGAUAGAUAUUUAAAAAAUAAAUAAAUAAAUACAGUUUGAACUGCAACAGUGUUUUGAAGAGUUUCAAAUGAUUUUUCAUUAUUUUCUCAAGUGGAAUGUGAAUUCUAUUUAUAAUCACGAAAAGCAUUAAGAGUGAGAGAGCUUCAGCUGUGAAUUUUGAGGUGAAGAUCGCAAAUCAAUGAUGAUUAAUUUGAAUGUUCUUGUGGGAUUUGUGAUUCUGUGUUUGGCACAUUGUGAUGCACUUUCCGUGCCAAAUCACUACAAUUUGAUACAGACCUACAAAUCGGAUCAAACACCACAAUUUAAUGGGAAAACACCCUUAAUUAAUGUUAAUGAACCAGUUCAGCAAAAUCAACAACAACGGAGAGAGAUUGAAGAUUUGGAGGAUGACGAAAACACCCUCGAUGACUUCGACUUGAGAAGAGAAGAAGAAAUAGCCCUUAAAUACGCCUAUCUCAUACAACUACUGCAGGAACCUGCACGAGAUCCUCUUCCCGUGAUUUAUAUGGAAAGCGAACAAGUGGCAGACGACGACUAUCACGAUGAAAUCAUGGACAAGAGAUCAGGGAGAUACUACCGGCGUUAUCCGUGGAAAAGGCAAAAUACCCGAUACCGAACCUACGAUGCUGAUUCCAAAUACAUGUGCGUCCCAAGUCGUGAGGAUGUCUUUCGACUCCUUCUGGGACUCCAUGCUGUGUCUGUUUCUGGUGAUGAGCAGAAAACUGUAACUUUUUGCAGUCGCAAGCGACCAGCUAAAGCCGUUUUUACAAACAUCCGAUUUCUGGGCUGAAUUUCUUCAUGUCACCAACACACCAAACCAUAGGCAUUUCAAUUAUAGAGACAACUUAUUUGCCAAAGACAGGACAGGAAGAAAGAAAAAAAGUGAAAUUUAUGUAAACAUAUCUUCAAAUAUUGGGGACUCUCCUCUUCCUCUGAUAGUGGAAAAUAUUAGUAUAUAGAAGAAAUAUCUUUCGAGAGAACGUAAUCUGUGUCAUAUUGAAUAAAUAAAUAAAUGAAUUUCGUGGAUUUACCGCAGCUAAAAAAAAAAAGAUUGAGAACAUUUAAAAUAAUUGUAUGAAUAAUCUUAUUUUGUCUAUUCUUAACACACAUGAGAGAUUGAGACAGAUUUACUAAUAUUUCAAACAAUUUAAAUGUGGCCAUUAUUUUAAAAUAAACGAUAUAAUCCAUAAAUUAUUCCGAUUAAAAUUCACAAUUAUAUAUUAUAGUGAAUGAGCCAAAAAUUCAGUGUUAUUCAACUAUAAAAUAUGCAAUAAAAAAGAGACAGAAUUUUUCUUUUAA